CUUCUUCAUUUUUCCUAACCAUAGCCACCUCCAGCCAUCUUCCUCCUCCAUCCCAUUUCUGGUUGGAUAGCUCAUUAGUCAGAUGGGAUUGUUUCUGACAGCAAGAAUCAGCAAAGCAUUCAUCCUUCUUUGCUGUCUGCUGGCCAUUUCUGAAGCUGAUAAACUCAAAACUUUUAGUAAACAGUAUGGGAACACCUUUAAUCAGACUGACGGUGAGUCCUUCAUGGUUGAAGCGCCAGCAAUGAUCAGCAAUGGAGCCCUUCAGGUAACCCCUGAUAGCCUAUCAGAUGACUUCAGCAAAGCAAAUAAAUCAGGAAGAAUCCUCCUGAAACAGUCCUUUAAGCUGUGGAAAGAUGGUGAUGACAUCUCAUCCAAUGAAACCAGGGUUGCCUCUUUCAACUCCUCAUUUCUUGUCAACCUGUAUCCGGUUAAUAAUUCGUCAGGUGAAGGCCUCACAUUCUUGAUUGCUCCCGGCCUGGAUUUGCCUCCACCCAACAGUUUUGGCCAGUUUCUUGGCUUGACAAAUGCUACAACUGAUGGAAACUCCAGCAACAAAAUAGUUGCGGUCGAGCUCGAUACAUUCAAGCAAGACUUUGAUCCUGAUAACAAUCAUGUAGGCCUCGAUAUUAAUGGUGUCCGAUCUAAUAUAUCUGCAUCCUUGACGCCCCGUGGCAUAACUCUUGUUCCACCUGCUCCUAAAGCAAGCUUCCAUAACGUAUGGGUAGAAUAUGAUGGGGUCAAGAAGAUCAUUGAAGUCUACAUUGCAGAACAAGAAACACAAAAGGGGCCGACCCCUCCUCACCCGAGCUCACCUAUAAUAAGAUCGCAUCUUGACUUGAGGGAGGUUCUGAAUCAGAAUUCCUAUUUCGGGUUCUCUGCUUCUACUGGGAACACUGCUGAGCUCAACUGUGUACUGCGUUGGAAUUUAACAAUUGAGUACUAUCAUGAAGAAAACCAAUGGCUGAGGAUUGUUCUUGGGGCCGGAGUACCAGGGCUGGUGCUGCUGCUGGUGGGGGCAGCUUGGUUGGGAUACUAUUUCCAUAAAAGGCGAGUCGAACGAUCGAAAUCAAACAUUCUUGGAGCGCUCAAGAGCCUGCCUGGAAGUCCGAAGGAGUAUGAGUUUAAAGAAUUGAACAAGGCUACCAAUAGUUUUGAUGAGAAACACAAGCUUGGACAAGGGGGUUACGGUGUUGUGUACAAAGGAUUCUUGACCAGUGAAAAUUUGGAAAUUGCUGUUAAGUGGUUUUUGAGGGAUAACAUCAAGGGUCAAGAUGAUUUUCUUGCUGAGCUUACUAUAAUUAAUCGUCUUCGGCAUAAGCAUCUUGUUAAAUUGCUAGGAUGGUGUCACAAGAAUGGGAAGCUGCUACUCGUAUACGAGUACAUGCCCAAAGGCAGCUUGGACCAGCACCUCUUUGUUGGGCAGGAUAAACCCACAUUGAGCUGGAACCUUCGCUACAAGAUCGUAUCUGGUGUGGCCUCAGCUCUGCACUAUCUUCAUAAUGAAUAUGAGCAAAGGGUGGUGCAUCGUGAUCUCAAAGCCAGCAACAUUAUGCUCGACUUCAACUUCAACGCUCGACUAGGAGACUUUGGAUUGGCGCGAGUCCUUGAAAAUGAAAAGACGUCUUAUCACGAGGCUGAGGGCAUUCCGGGCACGAUUGGAUAUAUUGCGCCUGAGUGUUUCCACACUGGGACGGCAACACAACAAUCGGACGUUUAUGCAUUCGGGGCAGUCUUGUUGGAAGUGGCGUGCGGACAGCGACCGGGAACCAAGAUUGCUGGUUUCAAUGGUUUGGCAGAGUGGGUAUGGUUCUUGCAUCGUGAUGGCCUCCUGCUCCGAGCUGUUGAUGAGAAGCUGGGGGAAGACUAUGUUGCCGACGAAGCUGAGAGACUCUUGCUACUGGGGCUGGCUUGUUCACAUCCUAUAGCUAGUGAGAGGCCAAAAACACAAGCCAUACUACAGAUUAUAUCAGGAUCGGUGCCACCACCGAAUGUGCCAGCUUUCAAGCCAGCAUUUGUUUGGCCUGCAAUGGUCCCGGUUGAUCUAGAUUCUAGGACAACAACGGGCACUACGACAUCCAUUACAACUUCCCACUUCAACUCAGAAUGGAGUCAGCAAUACCUCAGCAGGGAGAGCCACGCAGGGUACACCGACCACUCCAUGGUUUAGUUUUUUUUUUUUUUUUUUUUUUUUUUGUGUAAAAAACGGCUGCCAAUGGACCGUGCCUUCUUCUGUGCUUAUUAUUAUUAUUUUUUCCAAUUUGUUUGAGUCAUCCGAUAUCUUUCUCCCCCCGUUUGGAGAGGAGAUCUAAGAAUUUCCAACCAUUAUCAUCUUUUCCCUCUUUUUUUCUUCUAUUUGUUUUACUAAAGUGAGAAGUUGAGGAGGAGUUUGUACUGUACAUUAGUUCCGUGUUCAACGAAACUUGUACCUCAAUAGUUGUAAAUGCUUUCAUCUAUCAGCUUGUAUACUAGCCCGGAUCAGCAAUUCGUCU